GGCGCUAACAGUAAAACAGGAGACCGGCGGGGGAGAGAGAGAGAGAGAGAAAGGGAGAUCGAGAUCUUCUUUACCGGCGAUCCCUCUUUGACGGUCCUUUCGGCGAUUUAUCAAUCAAUAGACAGCUUUAGCAGUUUGCUUUCGUCCGAUCCUACGAUCUUUGAUGAUUUGUUGGCACACGCCGCGAGCUCGAUCAUCUCCUGCCGCCGGAUACCUUCUCUCCGUACGUUUUAGAUUGGGGAGGAACAGAUGGCUCGUCCUCUAAUGAAGAUCGUCGGUACUUUCUGUGGCCGAAGCUUAGAUACUUACUUCGAUUGCGGAGGCGGGAGAGAUGAGCUCAUGUGGUGUCGGGACCUAAGCCGUCACGCCGCGGGGGAGUUUUCGAUGGCGGUGGUGCAGGCUAAUAGCCUCGUCGAAGAUGCCAGUCAGAUCGAGUCCGGGACUCACGGAACAUUCGUGGGGGUAUAUGACGGCCAUGGUGGGCCGGAGGCGGCCCGUUAUGUCGCUGACAAUCUUUUUCAAUGGAUUGGAAGGUUUAUAGAUGAAGAGGAGGGCAUGUCAGCGGAUGUUUUACACAAAGCACUCUUGGCAACAGAGGAUGGCUUCCUAUCAAUUGUCAAGAAGAACUGGUCAAAUAUGCCUCUAUUAGCAACGGUUGGAUCAUGCUGUUUAACUGGGUUUAUAUGUGGUGGGAUGCUUUAUACGGCAAAUAUUGGAGAUUCUCGUGCAGUGUUGGGAAGAUUCAACCUGCAUGAAAGGGGUGUUGUGGCUGUACAACUGACACCUGAGCACAAUGCAUGUCAUGAAUCUGUUAGACAAGAACUUCGGUUAUUGCAUCCUGCAGAUCCAAAAAUUGUCGUUUUAAAAAAUAGGGCUUGGCGUGUUAAGGGGAUCAUACAGGUUUCCCGAUCAAUAGGAGAUGCAUACUUGAAGAAAGCAGAAUUCAAUAAAGAACCUCUUAUUGGAAAAUUUCGUCUGUCUGAAUCAUUUUCUAAGCCAAUCCUACUAGCCGAGCCAUCAGUAGUGACGCAUAAGAUAUGCCCACAAGAUCAGUUUGUGAUAUUUGCCUCUGAUGGCCUGUGGGAGCACAUAAGCAACCAAGAGGCUGUGGAUAUGGUUCAAAACUCCCCCCGUAAUGGAAUUGCAAGGAGGCUUAUUGAAGCUGCAUUGCAAGUGGCGGCCAGGAAAAGAGAGAUAAGGUACUCCGACCUUAAAAAAAUAGAUCGUGGCAUCCGGAGACACUUUCAUGAUGACAUAACUGUUAUAGUUUUGUUCCUGGACCACUCUCUUGCGAGCAAAAGUUCUUAUACUGGUCCUGUUCUUUCACUAAGAGCGGGCAAAUAAGCAGUUAAUUACUGACGAUAUUGAUGCAAACUAAUGACUAUCACUUAACCGUUAUUACAGCUCUUUAGAAUUCGUAAUGUGAAUUCCUCUCGCUGUUUUUCAUGGCGUUCUGCGAGCAAUGGUCCUUCUGGAUAGCAAGUAAGCCCAGCACUCAGAUAUAGCCCUUUUAUUGCACCUGAGUUUACUUUGUGAUUCUAAGGCUUCGUUUGGGACGGCUUUCUUACUGCUUCUUAGAGCAGCUUUUUAGUAUAAAAUUUUUAAUUUUUUAACUAGAAAGCUGCUUUAAGAAGCUGUAAGAAAGCCGUCCCAAACUAAGCCUAAAUUGUAUCUUUUAUUCAAGUUAUAAAAAAUAGCUUCACCCUAUGAUUGUCAUGGAGAUGGAAGCUAUUUUGACUGAAAACUUGCCUGAACCAUAAAAACCUUUGUAACUGCAAAAAAAAAAAAAAAACACCUUUACAUGCAUUGAUGUUGGUAAUAUCCUGUAAAUAGAAGUUUGGAAUAUUUCAAAAUGUAAUUUGUUUUUUGAUGAA